AUGAACGAAAAUCUGUUCGCCUCUUUUACUACCCCAAUGAUAAUAGGAGUACCAAUUGUGGUUCUGAUUAUUAUUUUCCCAAGUAUCUUAUUUCCCUCACCUAAUCGAUUAAUCAAUAACCGCCUAGCUACUGUCCAACAAUGAUUAAUUCAAUUAGUAUCUAAGCAUAUACUGUCUAUUCACAAUUAUAAAGGACAAACCUGAGCGCUAAUACUAAUGUCAUUAAUUUUAUUUAUUGGCUCAACUAACCUUUUAGGCCUAUUACCACAUUCAUUCACACCUACUACACAACUAUCAAUAAAUUUAGGAAUGGCCAUUCCUCUGUGAGCAGGUACAGUAGUUAUAGGAUUUCGACACAAAACUAAGGCAUCUCUGGCCCACUUUCUACCCCAAGGAACACCUCUUCCUCUGAUCCCAAUGUUAGUAAUUAUCGAGACAAUUAGUCUGUUUAUUCAACCUGUGGCCCUAGCUGUACGACUGACCGCUAAUAUUACUGCAGGCCAUCUACUUAUUCAUUUAAUCGGAGGGGCUACCCUAGUUUUAAUAAACAUUAACCCUGUAACAGCCCUAAUUACCUUUAUUAUUCUUAUUCUACUUACUAUUCUCGAAUUAGCUGUAGCUCUUAUCCAAGCCUAUGUUUUCACCCUACUAGUUAGUCUAUACUUACAUGAUAAUACCUAA